GACCGCUCAUUCCGCUGCAGGAAGCACGUUCAUAUCCGCAUCUAUAUCCAGGCCGAGAUCUGCCUUGACGAAGGCAAUGAGUACACUCAUUGCGGCAGUCGUCCUUGCGGCGCUGUCCCUGGCUGACGCCGCCCGCCCGUCAUUCAUCCAACCUUCACCGAGGCAGAUAUGGUUUGACAAGACGAGGCGGCAAUGCUGUGGGAGCAAUCAUUUGUCGAGGGCGAGAUCUUUGCGCCUCUCUGGUCUGUCAAUGAAGCUCGACGAGGAGGACGGCGGGACGAAGAAACUCAUCACGGGCAUCGCUAUCUCUGGUCAGCGAGCAAAAGGGAAACACAUGCAUGUGUGUGCAUUGACGGAUGGUGAGUGCCUGUCUGUGAGUGUCUGUCUGUCUGCAGGUCUGUUAACUUUGGUGUAUCUGCGCGGGUUCUUCGCCGACAUGGGCUCAAUCAGCCAGCAGAUCGCAGCAAACCUCAAGGGAGAGCCUGCGCAGAUGCAGGUCGGUUCGACGACAGGCGUUUCCCAUAGCUUGCCCGUUGCAGAUAUAUAUGUGUGUGUGUGUUGCUUGUCAGAAUGUGAACCCUCGGGCGCAGAUGGGUCAGGCGUUGAGCCGUGCCGAAAUAACUCGGAAGCUCGACCAAGUGCCGGUCUUCUAUGUCGUCACAAGGUCUCACACACAGCAGCCCACCGAUGAUGGCUCACUCAUUCUCUCACACUGUGUGUCUGCAGUGACGGGAGGGUCAAUAUCGACCAGGUGGAUUGACAUCCCUGCACAAUUUCUACAGCCGCCCACAGCGUGGAUUUGUCAUCGAUGUGUUCAGAGUGGCGACAGGCGGAUGGGCCGCUUCUUCCUGGAGCCUUCGGAAGCGACACAAGCACUGGAAGACCUCAAGUAGGAGCCGACAGACGUGACGUGCGUGAUGGAGGGGCGCACUGCCUCUGUCGUGUGUGCCAUCCUCGCUGCAGAAUGUCUGACUACAUCCAGUGGAAGGACGCCUUCAUCGGGGCGGCGAGGCUAGGAGAGUGAGCACAGACACACACUCGGGCACACCUACACAACCGCUCACUUGUUGCUAUCUGCCUACGCGUGUAUAUGCAGUGUGUACUUCCCUCUGGUCAAGAAGGAGGGCAAGCUCAAGAGCUUCCCUUACUACGUCGACACGAGUGCUGCUUUCGCCGUGGUGCCGUCCAACAAGGAACUCGCAAAUGCCCAGAAGAGGUGAGAACCGUCGAUCACAGGAGGCCUUGCUCUCAUUCGUUAUCGAUAUGCAGGAUACCCAAUUGGUCUGAGGGCCCCGGCAAGGCGGGCGAGGUGCCAAUAUGGGGCACACAGAGCCUGGCCUUCGAGGUACUCAAAAGACAAGCACACAGCGACCACCCAAAAGCACCUUGUGUGUGGUCUCUGUAGGGUGACGGUGACAGCCCCACAUCCCGACUGCGCAUCCCGCUCUUCAUCCGGCUGGAGGACCUUGAGGAGUCCUGGAGGCGGCUCAAAGCAGAGUCGCCAACACUGCCCGACAAGCCAGACGUGCGGGUGAGUAUGUCUUCGAACGUCAUGUCUGCAUGGCCUGCUCCUCCAUCGCCUGUCAUAUUCUGCGUGUAUGUCAGGCGUCGACGCUAGGCAGCAGCGUUGAGAUGCUGGAGGAGGGCGGCACACCCCUGUCGCCCAAGGUAUUCGAGUUCUUUCCCUCCCCUGAUGCGAUCCAAAAAGCCAGCGACGGACCGUCGGCUGCAUGACAGACAGACAGACAGGGGCAUGAGACCGGCACAGAGAUACGAAGAUGAGGUGCGGGGGACGUUAAUGACUUGUUAUUACAUGAAUGAACUAUCGCAGCGAGC